AUGGCCUUUUUUCCCCUUUCCUAUCUGGACGGGUCAAAGGGCAAGGGCGAGGAGAACGAUGCCGGUGACCAUGCGUGGCACAAACCGCGACCGGGCGAAAGGAAGAGGAUGCGGAGCCUGCGAGGCGCGUGCGUCGCGGCCGGGGGAGAGGAAGAGCAGGCGGAGCCUGCGAGCCGGCGGUGUGUGGCGUCGGCGCGUGGAGCGGGCGCGGAGGAAGAGGAAGAAGAGGAAACGGAUGUGGUGAGGUGGAAGUUUCUGCGUGGACGGCGCCGCAGGGUAGGGUCGACGGGGUGGCCUCUGGACGUGGGCGUGGAGGGCAUCCGAUAG